AUGUGCCUGGCAUUCGGCUCCAAGAAGCGAAACAGUAACGGUUAUGAGAAGCCUCGCGCCUUCACGCAGCCAUACUGGGGCGAAUUGCCUGCUCCCAUGCCCCUAUUGAGCGAUGGACAGCCUCCGAAGCACUCCGAACAGCACACGUACCGCGGCAAUCAUCAUGGUAUGCACACCGAGAAACUGUGGAGUGGUUUUAGCAGAGGGUUUGGUGGUUUCGGAGGAGGAAACGGUGGGGAUGGAGGCGGCGGUGGAGGCGGCGAUGGUGGAGUCCAGGACCACUCUCCAACCGACUGCAUCAUGGAGGCCGCUGGCCUAGCUUCGAGUAUCUUGACAUUCAUUGACAUAUCCUACAAGAUUGCAAAGGGAACCUACGAGAUAUACAAGUCCGCGACGGGGGCUACAGCCGAGAACGCACAUGUCAGCAAUGUCAUCACCGACCUGCAAAGGGCUACAGCCGAACUGGGACCAAGUUCCAACGAAAGACAUGACCCGGAGUUAGCGCACUUGUCAGAGCAGUGUCGAGGCUUAUCCAACGAUCUAUUAAAGCUUCUUGCAAGGCUCGAGAGGCGGGAAAAGAAGCUUCUUCAGAGUUUCAAGGCCGCUGUCGUUGGUGCGCGCAAACAGAAAGACAUCGCUUCGAUUGAGAGAAGGUUGGACCAGUAUCGUCAACAGAUUCUCCUCCAUCUUACCCUCAGCAUCUCUCGAUUUGAGAAUGAGCACGCUGCCAAAUUAGACGCACUGCACAAUCAACUUUCUGAGGUGCUGGAGAGCAUGCAAAAAGAAAAGUCCCGACCGUUCUCGGAAGAACAGAAGCCAAUAGACUGGUAUCGCAAUGAGCCACAUUCACAACUUGAUAACGUACUUCACCGAGACGACCCAGCUGAAGAAACAGCUCGCAAAACAUGCCACGGAACCUCCAUAACGGACCAAGCCGACGAAAUUUCACCCUACGUGAACGAUCUGAAAGAUCUUGCCAGGCUUAUCAACGACCUCAAAUCGUUGACCAACGUCGUCCAAGUAGAGAACAAGAUACUGGAGAACUUCGUGAGAGAAACGCUAGCAGAAUGUGCAAAUGGACGGAAGCUCGUUCUCGUCAACACGUUCUUCUGGAACUCUGGUCUUCCGUUACAAAAGUCUUUGGAAGGCUUCUACCGCACCAUCCUGUUCCACACUUUGAGACAAUGCCCCGAAUUGCUCGAUAAAGUUUUCCCCAAUCCCAUCGGCACCGCCUCGUCCCCUCUACAAGUGGGAAUCUCAUUAUCAGAGUUGAAGGCAGCCUUCAGUCGCUUGCAGUCGCUGAGGAACACUGCGGGCUAUCUGUUCUGUUACUUCGUUGAUGGACUAGACGAAUAUGAGGGAGAUCCUUUAGAGCAGAAAAUUCUCGCAAAGAUGCUACAAGCAUGGGCACGGGCUGACAAUAUCAAAAUCAUAUGCUCUGCCCGGCCAUCUAACGUCAUUGUCGACAUUUUCGGCGCCGACGAGACGUUCUUCAACCUGCACCACUUGACAAAAGCCGACAUACACAAUUUUGCCAAAACUCAAUUCGAAGAGCAUUUGACGGAGCCCAAAUUCAAGCAAGGUCAGACGGCAUGUCUGCAAAUGACCCAGAUAAUAGCGGAAAACGCCAAUGGCGUCUUUCUCUGGGCCAGUCUCGUUGUCAGGGCUCUAUUGAACGCGGCUCUUGAACACGAAGACGAGACUUCUCUUCGCAAAAGACUGGAAGAAUGCCCCAAGGAUCUCAAUCAACUCUUCCAUCGGAUGCUCUACAGCAUUAAUACAUCCCCAUCGUCGCAAAGGCAGAGAUAUGAUUUCUCUACUGUUCCCGUUCAAAAGCUGGAAGACGUUGUUUGCGAUGUGAAAGACUCCAGCGAAGAAAGCAGCAAGCGGUCGCGUUCCUCACCUCGGCUUGUGCAGAAGAUUUGGAUCCCGAAAUAUUUCAUGUUCAUGUACCAAACUCUACAGUGGGAGGGUGAUUCUCGUGAAUGGGGGCCUUUUUCUUUCCUUCACCUCGCUGCCAUUUAUGGUGCCACCGAAUACGUUGAGAAAACUAUUACGAGGAUGGAUAACCCGACUUCGGUUGAUGCAUUUGGAACCAACCUUCUAUAUUCAGCAUCCAACUCAUCAGAUCUGAAUCUCGUAGGUCUUCUCCUCGAAAGAGGUUGGAAUCCAAACAACUAUGUUUCGGCCUGGAGCUCGGCGACGAGUGGAGAGGUCUCUGUAUCCGUCUGGGAGGCCUUCCUGUGCGACCUCGUGAUGCAAUUGGGCAUACAUCCCAGAAUCAGCUCUCAAGGCUCCUUCUGCAGACCCAAAUUUGAAGCACCAUUGCCUUUGAUGACUCAUACGCUGUCGAUCCUUGAAAAGCUUCUUCGCUACGGUGUAGACGUAAAAGUGGAGGUACUCAUUGAAGAAUACGAUUAUAGAGGCUAUCCCAAGAAUCCUAGGCCAGAAUCGCAAGGCCAAAUCCCACCAAAAUCAUUGUUCAGAAUAUCAUUGACUCAAAUUCUUCAGAUUCUCCAAAUGAUGAAACCAAAGAACCUGGUAGAAUUGGAAUCUCUUUUGCUCAGCGCGUCAGAAACUAAGAAGAAGGGGUUCACUAGGAUACUGAGCCGUAUAGGGUCGCGGAAGCCCCAGAAACUACCAGAGCUAGCAUCUUACCCUCCGGUAGCUAUGGACGAUUUUUUGAUCAAGAGGUGGAAACCGGCAGGCAUUGUGUCAUUGGGAGGGAGCCGUGUUGUGCUCGACUUCUACCCCAAGAUGAUUUAA